UUCACAGAAGCCUAUCUCUCAUAUACAGAGUGUGUUCUUUCCUCUUCGUGCCUGGUGGUGAGAUCUGCUGUGAAAACCUAAGCCACGCACACACAGAAAGCACUGUUCCUCCACCGUAUUUCACUGGAGAUCUACCGAAAAGGGCAACCAUGAAAAUCAUCUUGUGUUGACGCAUUAUACUUCCUCUCUCUCUCUCUGGCUUAACUUGACUUCCUGAAAUGUUCUCUGGGAUUUGGACGCUGGAAGGCCGCAACUGGAGAAGAUCAUCAACUACAACAAAGCCUGCGAUCCUUAAGGUUAGCAGCAGUUACACAUUCAGGGUUCCUGAUGGGAGUACAGUUUGUCUGACAGAAGGAGAUGUUCUGGUAUUGCUGAACAAGUUGAAUAAAGACUGGUGGCAGGCCAAGAAAAUUGGAGAUAGUGAAAACACCAAGUCAUUCCAAGUGCCCACCUUUUACAUCAAUGAGCUGAUAGGUCGGAGAAGUGUGGGACCCAGAAACAAAGAUAAAGGAAGCAUAGGUAGCAAAUUGUUUCACAGAUCCCAGGAUAACCUGUUGGUUUCCUGUUUUGCACCUUCUCUAAUGGAGGAACAUUAUUACGUUAAACAGUUUUGUGAAGGUUCUCCACAAAAGGAUGGUGAGAAGACAUUUCAAUCCAACUCUUUAACAAGGACUCAUAAGAAGUCUGCCAGCUUCUCUCUCAGUUCUUCGUGGCAUGGACAGUUCCCCAAAAGUGAAAAGCAGUCAUCAUCGUUCCAAAAAUGUGUUUCUGAAAAGGUGAGUUUGGCCAACACAAUGCAGGACACUCCAGUCUACUGCAAUCUGGAGGAUUUGAAGAGGACACAUGGAAACCCUCCUAGCCCCACGUAUCCUCCUAUAGACGUUCGGGAUAACUGGGAAUGUUAUGUGGAUCCAUCAACAGGCAGGAACUUCUUCAUUAACAUAGAAACUAAAGAGAAAACAUGGAAGCCUCCCAGGAAGUCCAGAGACAAGACAUCAGGAUGUGCUGUUACCCCUCCCAUCGACUUGGAGUCAUCAGAAGAUGGCGAAGAUCCAGGCUCCACAUCUCAGUCAGAGAUCACAGAGUCAUAUGAAGAGCAGAACACGUCAUCUAUCAGCAGCUUGUCUUCUUCCUGCAGCAGUUUGAACAGCCCAAGCUGUGAUGCUCACUUCCCAAAACUUAGCUACACCAGGUCUAUGAUCCUCUCCAAUUCACAGAGACCCAAGCCACACCACAGGAGGAAUCUCUCACAUCAUUUACCUGUAGUUGAAAGUUAUGAAAAUAAUACGAAUAUAAAUGCUGACCUGAAUAAGCUGCCUCUGGUCACAGUCUUGGAUAUGCCUCAUGAGGUGGAAAAGGCAGGACAGUUAAACAAGACGAAAAUAGCAGAAGGUGGAAGAAAACUAAAGAAAAAUUGGACUGCAUCUUUAGUAGUUUUGACUGGAAAUAGUCUAGUGUUCUACAAGGACCCUAAGGUUCAGGCUCCUUCUGGCUGGAAACCAUCCAACAGUAAGCCCGAGAGCAGCAUGGACCUCAGGGGUGCCUCCAUUGACUGGGCACAGGAUAUGUCCAGCAAAAAGAAUGUCAUUCAUCUUCGCAUGGUAACAGGCAACGAGUUCCUACUGCAGUCUGACAAGGAGUCUGUUGUACAGGAUUGGUACGAUGCCCUGCAGAGAAUCACUGACAGACUGGAACGAGAAAAUCCAUUGGAUGAAAUAAUUUUGAGAAGAGCGGGCAGUAUGGAGGUCCUGGAUGGAAGUGGCGGAGAGGAGGAGAGCCCCUUAAAGAAUAAAGACAGUCGUAAAUUCACAUUAUCCUGGGUGAGCAACAAUGUUGGUAGUGUCGAUAAAAAGAAAGUGAAGCAUAGGCUGAAGAAGAUGUUGAUGAAGAGGCCCCCACUUCAGACCUUACAUGAGAAAGGACUAAUUAAAGAUCAAGUUUUUGGCUGUCGCCUAGAUGCUCUUUGCCAUCGAGAACAUAGCACUGUCCCAAAGUUUGUUCGGCUGUGUAUAGAAGCUGUAAAUGAAAAAGGGCUGGACGUGGAUGGGAUUUACAGAGUGAGUGGAAACUUGUCCAUCAUACAGAAACUGAGGUUUAUAGUAGACAGAGAGAGGGCAGUAACCACAGAUGGACGAUACCUUUUUCCGGAGCAGCUCUCCCAAGAGGAGAAGUUGGAUCUCAAUGACAGUGAGUGGGACGAUAUUCACGUCAUCACAGGUGCUCUGAAAAUGUUCUUCCGUGAACUUCCAGAGCCACUUAUCCCUUUCAGCAUGUUCGAUGAAUUUAUUUCAGCUGUUCAAAUUCCUGAUUUGUCAGAGAGGAUACAGACGAUGAAAGAUCUUGUUGGAAACCUUCCUGAACCAAACUAUGACACCCUCAAAUACAUUGUAUGCCAUCUGAACAGUGUAAGGGAUGAGUGUGAGAAGAACCGUAUGACCACUCAGAAUAUUGGCAUCGUCUUUGGACCAACGUUGAUGAGGCCAGAGAAAGAGCAGUUUUCAAAUAUUGCUGCUAACAUGGUUUACCAGAAUCAAGCAGUGGAACAUUUUCUUACUUACCAUGAAGAGCUCUUUCAAACUGAUCUGGAAGAAUAGUAAAAUAUUUUGUACUAAGGAACUGAGUUUUCUAAGACUUGCACUGUCCAGCUUCAGAUUAUAAUACAACAAUCUUUAUGACAAACUGAAGAGAACUUGCCUCUGGCCUCCCUGUUCCUACUUUGCCCAGCUAUACUGAAGAUUGAAGCAGAUGUCCAAGAUAGAAGCGGUUCAUGUGCCUAAUAUAAAAGUUGAAUGCACUCUGUUUUUCAUGAUAUUCAUUGAUAUUUAAUAAGAAGAUUAAUAUUGCUGCUGAAAUCUUGAGUAGUCCUGAGGACCAGACGUGACUAAGCUGCAAGAAACUUCUCCACCUUGAACUCUUAUUCCUGUUUGUUCACAUAGGUGAUUCAUGAGUGUUUGUAUACAGUUUUAAAGAUGUUUUGAGAGUUUAUUCUUUACAGUUUAUUUGUUCCCUUUUUACAUUAUUCUUUAAAGAUUGAAUUUUAUUAA